AUGAUCAGUGCCACAGACCUUUACCAUGUCCUAACUGCUGUCGUUCCCUUGUAUGUGGCUAUGAUCUUAGCCUAUGGUUCAGUGAAAUGGUGGAAGAUUUUCACCCCAGACCAGUGUUCAGGGAUCAAUAGAUUUGUGGCUCUUUUUGCUGUUCCUCUGCUUUCUUUUCACUUCAUAUCAACCAACAAUCCGUAUGCCAUGAACUACAGAUUCAUAGCAGCUGACACUCUUCAGAAGCUCAUUGUCCUGGCUGUUUUGGCCGUCUGGUCAAGGGUCAGUUCAAGGGGGUCCCUGGAAUGGUCUAUCACUCUGUUUUCUCUGUCAACACUUCCCAAUACACUUGUGAUGGGGAUUCCUCUCUUGAAGGGUAUGUAUGGUGAUGCCUCAGGAAGCCUAAUGGUUCAGAUAGUUGUGCUGCAAUGCAUCAUUUGGUACACAUUGAUGCUCUUCUUGUUUGAGUACAGAGGUGCAAGAAUGCUCAUUGCUGAGCAGUUUCCUGACACUGCAGGGUCUAUUAUAUCAUUUAAAGUUGAUUCUGAUAUUAUUUCUUUGGAUGGUAAAGAGCCACUACAGACUGAAGCUGAGGUUGGUGAAGAUGGGAAGCUUCAUGUCACUGUGAGGAAAUCAACUAGUUCAAGGUCUGAAAUUUACUCUAGGAGAUCCCAUGGGCCUCAUUCUGGUGUUUCAAUGACACCAAGGCCGUCAAAUUUGACUAAUGCAGAGAUUUAUUCUCUUCAGUCAUCAAGAAAUCCUACUCCCAGGGGCUCUAGUUUUAACCAUACUGAUUUCUACUCAAUGGUUAAUGGAAAGAAUACUAGUAAUGCUAGUCCAAGGCACUCCAAUUUCGGAAACUUGAAUUUCGAUGAGGAGAAUGGGAUUGGUGGAUUUGGUAAUCUCUCCAGGGCUAAUGGGGUUUAUGGGCAGGGGAAUACAGGGUACCCUGCACCUGCUAGUGCUGGAAUUUUUUCACCUGUAUCAGGUCCGGGAGCUAAGAAGAAGGCAAACGGGGUGGAUGCCGGAAAAGAUCUUCACAUGUUUGUCUGGAGUUCAAGUGCUUCACCGGUGUCUGAAGGAGGCAUUCACGUUUUCCGGGGAGGUGAAUAUGGCAAUGAACUCGGCAUAGGAGCACACCCUAAAGAUUAUGAUGAUUUCGGCCGUGAUGAGUUCAGCUUUGCAAAUAGACAAGGUGCAAAUGGCACUGACCGUGAAGGGCCAGUUUUAUCGAAGCUUGGUUCGAGCUCCACAGCUGAGCUGCACCCAAAAGCUAGUGCUUCUGAGAUCAAAGCUACUUCGAUGCCCCCUGCUAGUGUGAUGACCAGGCUUAUUUUGAUAAUGGUGUGGAGGAAACUUAUUAGGAAUCCUAAUACUUACUCAAGUCUCUUUGGGUUGACAUGGUCUCUGAUCUCAUUCAGGUGGAAUGUUCAAAUGCCUGCCAUAGUUGCCAAAUCCAUUUCCAUUUUGUCUGAUGCUGGUCUCGGGAUGGCCAUGUUUAGUCUUGGUUUGUUCAUGGCCCUGCAGCCUAGAAUCAUUGCUUGUGGGAAAACUAUUGCUGCAUUCUCUAUGGGUGUUAGAUUUCUCACUGGACCUGCUGUUAUGGCUGCUGCGUCUAUCGCUAUCGGAUUGAAAGGCACUUUGCUACAUAUUGCCAUUGUUCAGGCUGCUCUUCCACAGGGAAUUGUUCCCUUCGUCUUUGCUAAGGAGUACAAUGUUCAUCCAGAUAUUCUCAGCACAAUGGUGAUCUUUGGGAUGUUAAUUGCUCUACCAAUCACUCUAGUGUACUACAUUCUACUGGGGCUCUGA